GCGGUCAAGUGAAGUAGUCUGUCAUAGAUUCAAUCUUAGUCCGGUGGAACCGAACUGAAAGCAACGCUACAACAUAUAACAGCGUGGUCUCCCAUUAUUGUAUGAACCGGCCAAAUGCGUCAUGACAACGAGGAAAUAGCGAUCUGGAACAAAAUUUAUUUAAAAUACAUACAGGACCGUGAUAUUUAAAUCUGAAUAUGUCGAGCCUGAUCGAGUUCCAUGCGUCGUUAAUCUACGCCAGUCAUCAUCUUUAAGCCAUGGCAGCAAUCAGAUUGCUACUCUGGAUUCUUAUUUUCGGGCUAUUGGUUAUGGGAGUCACACAGGCUCAAAUUCAAGAUACCACCGUGAUUCUUAACCAAGGAUCGAUCGUAGGGCUCAAAGUAUUUCCCGAAACUUCUCGCAGUCCGAUUUUCGCUUAUCUUGGCAUACCCUAUGCAAAACCUCCGAUAGCCGAGCUUCGUUUUGCGCCACCAAUUCCUUCUUCAGGAUGGAAUCGUACUUUAUACACUCGAGAUUUCAAACCUAUCUGCCCGCAACUUGAAAACAACAGCUACGAUGAAGUGGAUCCCCAAAGAACCUAUAAGUUUCGGGAGACCAGUGAGGAUUGCCUAUACUUGAACAUUUGGAUGCCAGAAUCGGCUGUUCGAUUUGGCGGAUUCCCGGUGCUGGUGAUGAUUACUGGAGAAGAGAUGGCCUUCGAUUGGUCCAUUAACCGGGCAACUGGAUUAGAUCUAGCAUCGGAUGGAAUCAUCGUUGUCACCGUUCAGUAUCGCACAAAUGUAUUUGGUUGGUUAUCGUUGGGCAAAAAAUAUGCUCCUGGAAAUCUCGGACUACUUGAUCAAAAGCUGGCUCUCAUUUGGGUGAGGGAUAACAUUCAAAAGUUCGGAGGUGAUAGUAAUCGCAUCUCGCUCUUGGGUCACGGAACGACGGCUGCUCCAAACGUUAUGACCCACCUAAUAAGUCCAAAAGCACGAGGUUUAUUCUCAAAGGCAAUCAUAAUGUCCGGAACCAUUUUCUCACCGUAUUCUCGGAUCAAUGUGGAUCGACGUCUUUCGGAUGAGAUUGUAAAAAUUCUUGCCUGCAAUUAUGAUGUGGGACGUAAUGUGCUUCGGUGUCUACAACAGAAAAGUGUUCAUGAUCUGCUAAAGGCAUACGAGUACGUUUACAAAACCGGUAACUAUACAAUGAAUUUGGGACCCAUCGUGGAUGAAUAUCUGGACCAAACAGAUCGAUAUGUACCGGAUGAUCCAAGAGCACUGCUCGCUGCUAACUCGUUCAUCAUUGAAGACAUACCUAUCAUGUUCGGAAUCACCAGCAAUGAGGGAGCUUUUAUGCUAAAUAAAUGGCUUGACUUCGCCAAACAAGGCCAAGACUAUUUGAGAAGGUAUGUCAACGAGUCCUUGGUUCCGAAUAUAAUGGAACAGUAUGCUUUCGGCGGUAUCGGUCAGCACCAGAUACGGGAAACUAUUAGCUGGCGCUUUUUCGACCAGAUCUCGGAUUCUACGGCUGAUCUGUUGCAUUCCAUCAUCAAAAUGACAACGGAAACAAGACACGAGAUCCCUUUCUACAAAACUUUAGAGGCACUGGGUACCAUCGAUUCUCGAACCGAAACCGUACAAAGUGAUGUUCAAGACAUGUCGGAACCUUUUCGGAAAAAGGGUAAACUCUUCGUGUAUCUCUUUCACCAUUCUAACUCGAUGGACAUGAGAGGCAGAAUCAAUUACUUUGGCGGAGCAUCACAUUCAUCUGAUUUGCCUUUUCUGAUGGGACCGAGCCUAUUUCAAGAGAUCGCCAGGAAAAGAUUGUCCCCGUCGGAGGACAAACUCUGUAAAAAGAUGCGAUCAUUGUUCAACGAGUUCAUUAAAGUCGGUGAUCCUACACCGGGUCGUAAAGUUGAUGCAUGGGUUCCGUAUAGUCAGCAUCUUCGGUACAUCAAGCUGAUCUCGACCAGAGCAGACAACAUUUUCCAGAAUGACAAACAUAGUUUGGAGAGCACCUUCCUAGACAAUCUAAAAAUCAUCGAAGAUCAAUUGCUGAAUGCUAAUAAUGAUGAAACAUCUAACUUAGGGGACGUAAAUCGGGAGAAUCCAUAUCUUUUAGGACACAACAACUUAGACGAUCAGGAAGGAUCUCGAUCGUCGAAGAGUGCCAUCUUCCUGGAUAACACAAAAGAUUCUGAAUAUUUUCAUUAUCUACGUCGAAUCGACAGCUUCUGGUUCCGGUUUCUACCGAGGUUGAGUCAGAUUAUGAACUACACCGACCAGGAACGCCUACGCAAUCGAAGAAUGGAUCUCAGCUUCGAAGAAGAACAGGAGUUGGUUCGAGAAUCCCCCGAAGCUUCUCGUUAUCGUCACGCUUUCUUCUCGAUGCUCACGCUUGUUUGCAUGCUUCUUGCUGUACUGGGCAUUUGCGUGUACAUUUUGAAGAGAAACAGCAACAAAAGCUUGACCAGUUUCUUAUGACAUAAGUUUAUCUUCCGGUCUAAGCUGUUCGACCGGAAGACCAGUGGGAGAAAGGCAGAGGUGAGUGGCAGUGCAGCAGAUGUCGAGGAUCGUUUCAACAUUACUGGAAUAAGCCAUCGCCUCAAGACCGAUCACGUAGUGCGCAGUAAUCCCCUGUAUGUAGAUAAUUACAAACAGUUUACUUCUGGAGGCGGAAAUGAUGUCACGGCCAGUAUCGCUGCUAGCAAUAGAAGUGUCAUCGGAGGCACUAGCGGAACAGUCCCUUGCGGAAAAGAAUUCGGUGAAAAUGUGAAUGCAAUACUAACCGACUUGGACAAUGAGUUAGAGAUCAGAACCUGGCGACGCUAUCAGCUCUCGAAUGACCAUUUUUAGUUUAGGUAUAUGAUUGCAUACAGAAGGAUGUGGAUGUGUGUUACAUUACGAUGGAUCGCAUUUCCGAACCAAUACCAGUCGGAUACGAUCGUUUAUCUACAUAUUAGAUAUGAAAGCUUUUGUUCAGAAUAGU